GUUUUUGAAUACGACUCUUUAUAAACGAACAUAACUAAUUUUUGUUAAUAACAAGUUAUUAAACAAAAAGUCAACAACAUGUUAGCUAAAAAAUCCUUGAGCUUCGCCUGCUUAUUGGCUUUGGUGCUUGGCUGCAUAGCUUCAUCACCAAAUAUGAACCAUAUUUGUGCAUUAUUACCUGAUCAAACAAAAAUUGCUUCCGCGUCCGCAUGUGACUCUUACUAUUUAUGUACUGGAGGUGUAGCUCUAUUACAAACAUGCUCUGCUUCUCAAAGUUUCAACAAGGACACGCAACAAUGUGUACCCGCAAGUCAGGUAAACUGUUUCAAUGGAUCUGUAGGCAAUCCAUGCGAUGGACGUGCUGUGGGUACAUGGGCACCAGUAUCUGAAUCAUGUUCGGAUUUCUAUUAUUGCAGCGCUAAAGGUCCUGAACGUAGCGCUUGCCCUCUCGGAUAUCAUUUCAAUGGUGUAGCACAAAAAUGUGUGUUUGCCAAUCAAUAUCCAUGCAGCACCACUAGCGCAAGUACUGCAGAUGCUCCAGGUGUAGUUACUGUGAACCUAUGCAAUUAUAUACAAAAUGGUAUAUAUUUCGGUAGUCCAGCAUCUUGCACUAAUUGGAAUAAAUGUGUGAAUAAUGUGAUGACAAGCGGUACUUGUCCAACUGGUUAUGAUUACAAUGUUAAAAUCAGCAAAUGCGAUUAUCCAACUGAAGUUGUAUGCUCACAGGUAACUCACGAUCCUUUACUGACUGGUGCCAUUGCAAGUGGUGGUCCAUGUACAAGAAGGGGAGUUAGAAAAUCAGCAGUCGCCUGUGCUGGUUACUAUCAAUGUGAUGGCACCAACUACCAAUACUAUCUGUGCACAAAAGGACAAUUCUACGAUACAAUCAGUCAAUCCUGCGUAAGUCGUCAGUCUGCACGAAAUGAUUGCGAUCGUUGCUCUGGUUCAAAAUCCCAAUUCGUUAAUCAGUAUUCCACAAGCGGAUGUUCUGGUUACUUGGUUUGUAAAGAUGGUGUAGAGCAAAGUACAGGCAAUUGUUCUAAGGGUAUGUUUUUCAAUGAAGUCACUGGAGCAUGCGUUAAUCAAAAUCCAGCUUUUGGCUGCUGCGAUCCUAAAGCAAAGCUUUAAAUUAGAAUCAUGUGUUUAUUUUAUAUCAUAUAUACCAAACUAAACAUGUAUUCUCUUUCUUACUUUCUUUUCCAACUUUAAUCAAAAAUACAUUUUUAUAUAGAACAUAG